AUGGGUCUCAAGCAAUUCAAUCUCGACCUCAGGGUCGCGAUAGAAGCUCUUGAUAGCUUCCCCAACGUUUCAAAUCUGCGCAAGGGCGAUUCCGACGGAGAGAUCGCUUUCACUUAUACGCCCGAAGCAGAACACGAAGCCGAACUACCCCCCAUCGAUGUCCAAGCCCUAUCAAAGGAUGCAGACUCGUACCCAAAGCAUCCGGGCUUCAUGAUCUUCACUUCCUCAGAAAAACCAACAGACCUAGAGAAGUGGUUGGAAGAGACCUCUAGCUUGACCGAUGGCAUGACUAUCGCCGAUGCCAUCACAUUGAUUUCUAACAUGCUAGCUACAAAGCUGAGCACUUCCAAUCAGUCAACUUCACAGACACCGCCCUAUUACGGCGAAGAAUCAGACGUCGAUGUACCCUCCGAUGACGAUGACUCCUUCUACGAAGCCGAGUUUGAGGAGAUAGAUAUCGACCCGUUACUACCUGGCGCAUCUGCCUCGGAGAACGCCACUGAAGCCGAAGAUCCAGAAUCAAUGACACGUCUGAAGCGUCACCUGAGAGAAGCCAAACAAGAGGGAUUCUGCAUCUCCAUCCCCUCUGAAGAGAUACGCCUGUCAUCUUUCGGUAUCUUCUCGCUCUCUAUCCGAGUAUGCAAACUUGGAAUCCCUGAAGAAGCCCUGGAAGCUUGGGGUAUUAAGCCGACAGAAUACAUUGUCAUGCUUUACAAGCUACCAUCCACUUAUCCUCAUGCAUUAGACUUCCAGCGUCUUCCUCCCGACCAAACCCGAAUGAACUUCAAACUUGGAACGGAAGAGCCAGUCAUGCCAAUAGACACAGACGAAGAGGGAACAGAUUCCUUUACUCCGCUCUACGUGUCUUUGUCCCUUGAUGCUCUCCUCAACCGUUUCUUUCCAACUCUUUUACGGCUGCGGCGAUCAGAAGGAAUAUCGUGGGAUGAAGCACGAGAGCUGGAACACAAUUUGAGCCUGGGUCAUCAUUCUAGAGACAUGGUAGACCGCGCUAAAGACAUGAUUGCCUGUCAGGAUCGAGAAUCAUCUGAUGAGCCGUUCGAGUCUGAGUUCCUUAGGCAUGAUUACCUGUCGAGCAAUGCAGACGAGCUCAACAUUGUUCUCGUUGCGAUGCAAUUCGGCCUCCAGAGGUUGAUAAAAUGCACCAAGUACUGUCUGGUUUGCCAUCGAAGGGCAAAAGGAGGGUUUGAGGCCAUAAAACCUUUCGUUUGUGAGAAUGAGCUUUGUCUCUACCAGUAUUUGUCACUGGGUUUCGGCCAGAGCAUCGAACACGAGAUUAUUAACAAUCCAUACGUGGUCGACCUUCUUGUCAGCUUCUUCUAUGCUGCUGUUAUCCGCUCUCGUCUCCGCGAGUUUCCCAGAGGACUGGGUCUCAAGUGUCCCUCGUCAGCGUUCACAGCGAGUGCUUCUACGCCGGUCAGCGCUGAUGCUUACUUCAACACUGGCCUUUUGAGGUUUGAAUCCAAAGACUUUCAUACCUAUAGAACUAUCAAAGCGGGCCAUUGGCUGAUGCUUUUCGUCCCUGGAGCCAACACGCUGGAUUCGCAGACACCAGUCAUGAGAACAUAUCGCGAGAAGCAUAUCUGCCAUAUCGAAUCGUGCAUCGAUACCGACUUCAAAUUCAAGGUCAUGCAUACGUUCACGAGUGUUGACAACAUUGGACAGGAAACCCCAGAAAGUUCUGUGAAUCAGGUUACUCAACCUACCCCAGGUGGUGUAAAAGUAUUGAUUCACAGGUAUGAUCAAGACAUCGAUGAACUCGAAAUUGCGGUUCGUAAUGAAGCACUCUACUUCAUGACCAGUUGCAUCCCACCCGUGCAAACAAUGAGACAAUACCUCAUAGAGGUACCCGGGCGCCGGCUAUCUUCCUGGAGAGGAAUCGAAGGAUCAGCACUCCGUCUGCUGAACUGGAUCGUUUCCUCGAAUAGGUCACAUAUUGUAAAAGAUAGCCCAGUUCCUGGGGCAUCUGCAGCAGAGGAACAAACAGAGAAUAGCAGCAGUGGCGGUAGCCUUGUUCGCAGCGCGCACUCCCAGUGGAUGCAGUUUCGAUUUGCCCAGGGGUCUCCUGAAAAGGAGCACAUUUUCUUCGAUGAGCUACAGAAAAUACCGAGAUCUCGAACCGGUAGAACCUACCCAACACUCUUUGCGUGGCAUGGAAGCCCUCUUUCCAACUGGCAUAGUAUCAUCCGAACCGGUCUUGACUUUUCGAACACGCUUCAUGGGCGCGCCUAUGGCAACGGCGUUUAUUUGGCAAGAGAUUUCGAGACUAGUCGUGCAUAUUCCAACCGUGAUACUAUGAAAGCGUGGCCAGGCUCAGCAUUGAAGGUCGCGAGUGCUAUCAGCAUGUGUGAGAUCGUCAAUAGUCCAUCUCAAUUUGUGUCAACGAAUCCAUUUUUCGUCGUCAACAGGAUCGAUUGGAUACAAUGCCGCUUUCUCUUUGUUCAAAUCCAACUAGGGCAACAAGAAUCCUCAAUGCCCCUAUCCUCUGAAAGACUAUUUCCUGAUAGGGUGCAGGGCGAGGACUAUAUCGAACAAGACCCUACCUAUCAAUUGACUUAUGGUCAGCAGCAACGAGUUAAUAUCCCUCUAUCGGCCAUACCAAAAUAUCGCCGACGUGCAUUCGGACAAGGCCAGCAGGAUGGCACGGGUUCAUCCAUAGACCAUCCUAUCGUUCUUGAUGAUUCGGAUUCAAACGGAAGCCCUAAUCUCAACGAUUCAAAUUCUUUGGAAAGCCCAGAGACAAGUGAUGAUAUCGAUGUUCUGCUAGCCUCGGAUGAUGAAGGUGACGAUCUUCAGUUGGUGGGAACACGAAAAAGACGGCGGACGUCUACAGACUCGGGUCUGGGUGAAACGCAACGGGGACCUGACGAUGUAACACCAUUUCAACCAGGUCAACUUGACAUUGGUUCCCUUCCUAAGCUCGCUGAGCCUACGUGGGCAUCAUCGUCAACAGCUGCUCUCCGCGCACUCAAUGGCCAGAUCAAAGAUCUACAAAAGACCCAGUCCAAGACCAAAUUGGCCACGCUGGGAUGGUACAUCGACUUUGACAAGCUGGAUAACCUCUUCCAUUGGUUCGUCGAGCUUCACAGUUUCGACAGGGACUUACCUCUUGCCAAAGACAUGGCCAGCCAUGGAUGCUCGAGCAUCGUGAUCGAGCUUCGAUUUGGUGCUUCUUUUCCUAUAUCGCCUCCUUUUGUUCGAGUAGUACGACCUCGCUUUCUGCCUUUUGCUCAAGGAGGUGGAGGUCAUGUCACCAUUGGCGGCGCUGUAUGCUCAGAGCUGCUCACAAACUCAGGCUGGUCGCCGGCUCUUUCAUUGGAAAAGGUUUUCCUUGAAGUUAGAUUGAAUCUUUGCGAAAGGGACCGACCAGCUCGUCUCGAAAGAGUCCAUAAUAUAAGCUUCGGGAACCUGGACUAUAGUAUGUUUGAGGCUGUGGAUGCGUACCGACGAGCGGCUGCAGCCCAUGGGUGGCAGAUCCCUUCCGAUCUUCAGAUGUUGCAAUCCAUGAGUAACAUUACUGAGACGUAG